AUGGGGUUUUGUCUGCCGGUGACAUGUACCACGGAUUCCUCAUCUGCAACAACAGGUUCUCUACAAGUUGCAGGAGGUGUUGGAAUAUCGAAGAAUCUCUACUGUGGAGGAAGUCUGUACUCCAAUAAUCUGAAAGUUGCGACUGAAAGUUAUGUAGGAACAGCCAUUGCUUCAAAACAGGCAUCAAGUCCGCUCCUAGAUUCUAUAAGCGGCCUUGUACCAGCAGCGAAUUCAUUUAUCAUAGGAAGUUCUGCAACUUCCUUCACAGUUAAAAGUCCAGCAGAAGUGAGAGCGAUUUUAGGUGUUACUGACGUAGACAUUUCAGGGAAACAAAAUGCUUCACCAUUACUCGAUUCUAUCUCUUCAUUGACACCAACGAGUGGAAUGUUUGUUAUGUCUGAUGCCACAGGGUUUGUUCUUCAGUCCACGAGUACGGUGAAGAGCAUUUUAAACAUUCCUGAUUACGCAUCAGACAUCUCUACACUGCAAGCAAAUGUCUCUACAUUGCAAGGGAACGUCUCUACAUUGCAAUUGACUAUUUCAACAAAACAAGAUGCUCUCACAACUUCUAGUCCAUUGUCGGUGGCUACCAUCACUUCCAAUGAUACCACUGAUUCAACAUCAGCCAGCACUGGAGCACUUCAAGUGAAGGGUGGAGCAGGAAUCGCUAAGAAACUAUGGGUUUCUGGUGCACAAAUGACCAUUCAGAAUACUAACUAUAGCGUUGGCCAAACCAAUACCCUCAUGUUCUCACAUGCAACUCAGAAUAUAUGUUAUAUACAAUCCUAUCUCCCAGGUAGCAACAAUGUAGACCUAAACUUUUUUGUCGGGUCAAGUAAUUCAUCCAUUCGAAGUAUGGUGCUUAAUGGAGCAACCGGAAUCGCCUAUUUUGACAGAGGCAUAGUGGUGUCAAGUACCACCGAUUCCACAUCUAUAAUGACAGGUGCACUUCAGGUUGCAGGAGGAAUUGGAGUCUCCAAAAACAUCUUCGCUGGAGGAGACUUGACCAUUGGAAACAAUAAUGUAAGUGGAUUACAUUCUCUUGUGGUGAGGAACACAGACACAGGAACGAAUGCUUGUUCGAUUUUGUAUCUAACUGCAUCUGGUGGUUCUUCCGUUCUUUUUAUGAAUGGAAGUAAUCGUUCAGUGGAUGGAGGGCAAAAUUGUUUAACUCUUCGUAACGAUGUGGGAGCCUUACGCCUUCAAUCUCAGGGAGCAAAAGGCAUUUACGUUUAUCCUAAUACAGGUAAUGUUGUAGUUGAAAGCACCACUCCAGCCUUAUUGAGUACAACUGGCGCUUUGGUUGUGAAUGGUGGUGUAGCGGUUGGGGCUCAUGUGGUUGCUGGAGGAAAUUUGUAUAGCAAUGGGCCCGUGUACUUGAAUGGUCAGGUUUGCACUACUCAAGCAUGGGUGUCAACUCAAGUGUUUCCAAAGAUUCAAGUUUUCAAACUGUUGACUAAAGAUGUUAUCACCACUGGUAGUGGUACAAAGACGUUCUAUGUUACUACAGCAGGCCGGGCGUUGAUACGCUAUACAAUCAACUUGCAUGGCACCAAUAAUGCAAAUGGGACUUUAAAUAUACAUCUCGGAACCAAUGUUGGUUCCAUGGCGUCAGUCUUUUCCAGUGAUUUUAACUAUAAUGCUGGAGUGAACCGAACAGUUUAUGCCUCAUUUAUUGUUUCUGGCUUGGUUCCCGAUACGGCCUACUUUACAAAUUUUGGUGCAGUAAAUGCUGCUCCGGACAUAAGUACAGACAUCACAACGAUAGAGAUUACGGAAUUGGGCCCUUAA